GGGACCCAUUCCUGAAAUUAGCUUAGGGCCCCCAAAUCAAGUUGUGUCUCCUCCCUCAUCUCUUCUUCAACUGUGAAAUGCAGGAAGUGUCUGAUCUAGCGACGCAUCAGUGUUAAAACAGUCUGUUAAUGUGUCAGUAUGGGCUCCAGUGCACUGCCUCUCAUGAUCUUGCUGAUGUCCUUCAUCCACGCUGGACUCACUCAAGAUUUCUCCAGAUCUACACUGAUUGUGACUCCAGACGAUACAGUGUUCACUGGAGAGACAGUCAAUCUGACGUGUGUUAUUCAGUCUUAUUACAGUGACUGGAGAUAUGAGUGGUAUAAAAGAAACACAAACAUUCAAGUGUCACAGACGUCUGAUCGUUACACUGUAAACGGAGACACUCUCACUAUCAGAGGAGUAAUUACAUCUGAUCAGGAUCAGUACACAUGUGGAGGACGGAGAGAUGGAACACCAGACUCAUCGCAAUUAAGCUCUGUUUCUCUCUCUGUGAAGGAUAAACCGAAGCCGACUCUGACUGUAAAACCCCAGAGUUCAGUGUUCACUGGAGACACAGUUACUCUGAGCUGUGAUGUGGGACAGUUAACUGGAUGGACAAUUCACUGGACAAAAGACUCAAACCCUGAAUCCACGGCUGAUGCAACUAAAACAAUCAAGUUUGUAAGAUUCUCUGAUGAAGGAGAAUACAGGUGCAGAGCAAGACGAGGAAACUACUACAGCGAGUUCAGUAAUACAGUUAAGAUUACAGUAACAGUGAGACCCAAACCUGUAGUUGGUGUUGAUCCUGAUAGACGUGUGUUCAGAGGAGAGACGGUCACUCUCACAUGUGACAUACAGCAGACAGGAGUCUGGCAGUACAGCUGGUAUAAAGACUACAAACAAAAUGCAGGUGCAGGACGAGACCAGAACUAUAAAAUCCCAUCUGUGGAUCCGUCUCAUAGUGGUGUGUACAGCUGUAGAGGAACUCAGACACAAGCACCAACACACACACAGAUGAGUGACGGAGUUACACUGACAGUAUCAGAUUCCCCCAGAUCUACACUGACUGUGACUCCAGAAAGUCCUGUAUUCACCGGAGAGACAGUCACUCUGAAGUGUGUGAUUGCGUCUCACAGUAACUGGAGAUAUGAGUGGUAUAAAGACACAGACAGUGUAAUGUUACAGACGUCUGAUCGUUACACUGUAAGCAGAGACACUCUCACUAUCAGAGGAGUAAUUACAUCUGAUGAGGGUCAGUACUGGUGUAGAGGACAGAUAAGAUCAGUCUCAUCUCAAUCAAACUCUGUUUCUCUCUCAGUGACGGGUGAGUUUAAUUUCACUGUCCGCAUAAACUCACUUCACUACAUGAAAAAACACUAUGUCCAACAUUUCAGCUUAUCAACAAAAAUGGUUACAUUGCAAAUUUAAUUCAAACAGAAAUUUUGAUCCAACUUUGGAAAAAGGUCUCUGUGGUUGUGGUUGAUAAUUACACAUUACAUAUUUUACCAAAUGGAGUCAGUCUAUGGAGAAACUGUAUUCUGUUCACAGUUCACACACUAUAAGCUACAGACACAGUGAGGCUCGUACAGAUGUGUGUUGUUCUGAACCAAACACCUCAAUCUGAACACAGAUUUAAAACACUUACACUUACUGACUUUAUAAAUAGUUACAGAGGAAAACUGUAUGAAGGUAUUUUUGGAGCAAAUCAGCUAUGUCUGUGACAGUGGAGUAUUUGUAGAGAAUAGCCAAACACGUGUUUCAGUAAAUUUAAAAAUCAAAAGUUUCAAAAUUGUAGAUUUUUUUCCUCUCCUACAAACAACAUAAUAGUUAAACCUUCUUGAAUUCUUCACUGCAGGUGCACAAAUCAUAUUCUAUGAAUCACAAAUAA